AACAUGUACAUUGAUUAACUUCAUCAAACUUAUUAAGUUCCACCUGGAAUUAAAAAGUUUUAUUUAAGAUCUAUGCCUGUAUUUGCUCCCUCAGAAUUGCUAGGCUGCAGAGAAGAUAAACUCUGGAGAAGGAAGUGGGAGAGUGCUCGAGGCCAGAGCUGCAGAGGUUGCCAGGGUCAGAUAAUUUGCAACACAGAAGCAGGAUCAGCCAGGGACACGUGGAGAAGCAGUGAUCCAGCAGAUCUGGACUAAGGAAACAUGGCUGAUGUGGCAGCUCGGGGCUGGUUGAAGCAACCACAGUGGCAUAGCACGGAAAGUGGGCAGUGUCACCCAGGAGUGGCAGACUGAGGGCACUGUGCACAGCAUGCCCCGCAGCGCUGCAUUGUUGGCAGCACACACCCCAGGCUGGCGGCGUGCCUGGGAAAUAAACACUGAGAGAUGAAAGCAAGCCAAUGUGGGAGGUAGCAGCCCGCUCAACUUUCCAGCCUCUGAUCACCUUCUUCCAAGUGGUGUUUCCUCACAGCAUCCCCUUGUCCUCCUACAAUGCACAGAUCAUUGCCCUCCAUCAGGAAAAUUAAUUGCCUUAUGAAAGAAGGGGUUGCCCAAAAAUUUCCCUAGGGAAUUGUUUUUCAUUCAAGGGUGUGUGCACACCCUGAGAAAGGAGGUGAUCUGAUUUCUUCCAACUCCAGCCUCAUGGUUUGGAGCACCCACAACAGUCCAUGGCUUUCUCAUAUCCUUCCCAGCCUUACUGACAGAGCUCUUCAGAUACCUAACACAUUAGUACAGAAAAACCACAGCAAGCUCCAUCAUGCUUUGACAGCUCAGAGUUGGUCCCUAACAUCAAUGCUUCCUCACAAAAUCAAAGUAUAUCCUUCAGCUGUGUGGGUCAGGUUGGUGAAGCUCAUGAUAACCAGCAGCUGCACAGUCUCAUCCUGCUGAGCUAUGGUCACAGUCUAGCUCUGCUGGUACUAGGAAUUCUUCUUCUUGUUUAUAGCAAAUGGCAGCCUAUUUCCUUCUUUUCCUCCCCAGAUCUUCAGAAUGAAACAAGGCAGUUGUUUAUGUCCCUCCACCCAGUGAUCAGUUCUUUGCCUUAGUAGCAGACCACGUAGAAUAGCAGGUGCUUUCCUUAGAUGAAAAGUCUUAAUCUGACAAAAGUGUUAACAUUGAGAGGACCCACUCUACAAAUAUAAAGAGAUUUAGCAAAUCAGAGGGUUUAUGUUACUAAAACUUUAUAGAUCUGCUAAGUUUUAGGUAUUUAGCAUAAAAAUAUUUGCUGCAUACUGGAAAUGAAAAUGCUACCGUUGGCUACAGAAUUAAAAAGUGAAACAGCCUAUAAGUUGAAGUUAAAACUGACUUAUGGAACUUUUAUAUGUGUGGAGUUGGUGUUGGAUAACUGCAGAAAAGACUGUUGUGGUUUAACCCCUGGCUUCGUCCUCUUUAUAUCUUCCCUUCAGGUAUUUAUACACAUCAAUAAGAUCCUACUCUAAGCCUUCUCUUCUCCAGCCAGAACAGCCCCAUGUCCUCCAGUCCCUCUUCACAGGAGAGGUGCUCCUUAGUGACUCUCUGUUGAACUCUUUCCAGUAGUUUUGUUUCUCUCUUGUAUUGGGAAGCUUAGCAGGUUCAGCCUCACCAGUGCUGAGGAGAGGGGCAGAAUCAACUCCCUUGACCUGUUGGCAACACGCAGCCCUGGAUGCUCUUAUCCUCCUCUGCAUCAUGACUGUGUUGCUGGCUCCUGUUCAACUUGGUGCCCACCAGGACUCUCAGGUCCCUCUCACAAAGCUGGGACAGCCCCCUGCAUGUACAGGUGCCUGGGGCUGCUGCUCCCCAAAUGCAAGACUUUGCACUUCCCCAUGUUGAACUGUUAACCAGAUCCUGGCUAUGCUGGCUCUAUAUUUAUUUUGCCUGUUGUUGCUACGUGUUAGCACAUUAUUUCUUGCACUGUUUACGUAGGACUGCCAAGUGGCAAUAUUGCUGCAUUUGUGCAGGGUGCACAUGAAUCCUUCAUGAGUGCUAUCCUGCUCUAGAAAUGUAAGUUCACACAUUCACACAUCAAUAUCAUCUUGAAUGCAACUAACAUCAAUUAUGUAUGUUUCAUUAUAUUUUUCAUCUUCUUCCAAGCAGAAUUGCUUAUACAGUGUAUUAUUUAAUCUUUUUUGCUUUUUGCUGGUAAUGUAUAUGCUAGGCUGUGUUCUGUAUGCUGAAGUAUUUUAAGCUGUCUCUUCUUCAAGCUGAUCCAGGUGGUUACCUCACACUGUCCUCACAGGGCAAGUGCUGCACCUUCCCCUGGACCACUUGGUGGCUUCCACUGAACUUAUUUUAGCUUGUUGAGAUUUUCCUUGCAUUUUGGGACCCCAAACUGGACACACUAUUCCACAUGUAGCUGAGCAGUAAUAAUAAUUUUCUUUGGCCUACUGGCUAUGGUUCCAGUGGUAUGACCUGGGAUGCUCUUGGCCACCUUUGCUGCCAGGAUACACUGCAGGCUCAAGGCCAAGCUGCUGUCCAACGAGACCCCACAUCCUUUCCUGCAAAGCUGCUCCACAGCCCAUCAGUCCCCACCCUGUACCGCUGCAGAGGCCUGCUCCUUCCAAAGUGCUGGACUUGCCAAAUUUCCUUGUAUUUGUCCUCCCUGAGUUUUACAGACUUCCUGUCAGGUCAUUCCCCCAGCUGGUCUAGAUCCAUUUAAAUGGCAGCUCUGUCCUUCAGCACUCGCUGUUCCUGCUUUAGCACCACUUGCAAACUUGUUGAGCAUGUCAGGAAAAUUAAGCCACAAACACCAGAGGUUUAUGUCCAGAAAGGAGACAGAGGAGUCCUUUUACUUUAUUCGAAUAAAGGGAGAGGCUAUGGGGCAUUCCCAUGGGAUCUCAAACUUUUAGAGGAUGCAGCCUCCUUUUUAUCCUAUUUUCCUGGCCACAUUUCCCUCUCUUUCCCCAUUGGCUGAUGUACUUGAGAGGUACAGACUUCCCAGAACGCCUGAUACCUGAGAUUCCCCUCUAAUGUAUAACCCUUCCUUUUAAUUUUUAAUUCUUAUGGAAUUUAUGUUUUUUCCCUAUUGUUUCUUUCAUCUUUCAAUACCCGAUUUCCUUUAUCAGCAAACCUACACUUUCUUUAUAAAGGCAAAUAUCUUUUUUUCCAUUCAUCAAUCAGUGGAAUCGUUCCUAUUGUUUCUUUUCUCUCAGUGCCAGCAUUAUCUACCAGCAGACCCACAGCGUGUUUGUAAAGACAAAUCCGUCAUUCCUCUCAAGCACACACCCGUCUCCCCUCAGAAGUCUCCGGGGAAGAUGUCAAAGAGAGCCGGCUCCUGCCAUUCUCUGCUGGCUGCUGCCUUCCAGCAGACUAAACCCACGGACCCUUCCCUCCGAGCCUGGCAUUUAUGCAUCUUUCCUCAUCUAACUGUCCACUCUCUGCACUGCAGCGUCCCAGUGUGUCUGCCAGACACGGGAAGAUGAGAUGCGUUCUGUCACUUGGAAUUCCAGCGGGCUUGUAGCGCUGCUACAGCAGCGAGCGAUUCCUCUGCCCGCCGUGAUCGGAUGUUACUUCACCCGCACUUAGGCCAAGCCAAGGAUUUGUUCCCCAUUAUACGGAGUAAGGAAACUGCUUCGAGUGGGGUAUUACUCCCAACAAUACCGUCGUGUUUCCAAGGGUCUCCACGCGCAAGCUUUUGCUGCUCCCUUCAGCGUGCAAGGAGCCGCCUGGCUCCCGCAGGCGCAGUGCCGGGGCGGUCCCUGCCUGUGCUGCAUCCGGCCGCCUCGGGAGCUGUACUGGCAGCAGCCAGCUUCCUGCACCGCUCCGCCCCUGCUGCCGGGUGUCACGGGGAAUUCCGGCUGCCGGCGGGGCGGGAGCUCCGCUCGGCCGCCCCUUCCCCGCGGCUCCUGCCGCCCGCCCCGCACGUCACUCCGCCCGCACCCAAGAUGGCCGCCGGGCGGGCAGCCCGUUCCCGGCGCGGGCGUCGCGCCCGACUCCAAGAUGGUGGUCAAUGGAGGCCACCGGAGACAGCCUAGCGGUAAUCAUGUCUGCAAGUCAAAGAAGGAAUCUAGCAAGUUCAUGUUGAGGUAUAUUCUCAAGACAAGACACAGUGACUCAUUUACUUUUCUGGAUAACAUAAUCCAUGGAUAAAGUGGGAAAGAUGUGGAACAAUUUCAAAUACAGGUGCCAGAAUCUCUUUAGUCAUGAGGGUGGAAGCCAAAAUGAGAGUAUAGUUGUGAACUCCAGUAAUUGCUCAUCUGGUAAAGAGAAAGCCAUCCAGAUAACUGACUUGACUCAACAACAACCCAGCAGCCCUUUGAGAGAAAACCUUGGUCUGCAAUUAGGCUUAAGUCCUUCAAAGAAUUCAGCAAGGCGAAACCAAAACUGUGUCACAGAAAUUCCUCAGAUUGUGGAAAUAAGCAUUGAGAAAGAGAAUGACUCGUGUGUCACCACGGGAGCCAGGCUUGCUCGAAGGGAUUCAUAUUCUCGGCAUGCUCCUUGGGGUGGGAAGAAGAAGCAUUCCUGCUCUACCAAAACACAGAGCUCCUUGGAUACUGAAAAAAGAUUUGGUAGAACACGCAGUGGUUUGCAGAGGAGGGAGAGAAGGUACGGGGUGAGCUCAGUCCAUGACAUGGACGCGGUGUCCAGCAGGACAGUGGGCAGCCGUUCCCUGCGCCAGCGUCUCCAGGAUACUGUCGGGCUGUGUUUUCCCAUGAGAACUUACAGCAAACAGUCCAAACCUCUGUUUUCUAACAAAAGAAAGAUCCACCUCUCUGAACUAAUGCUUGAGAAAUGUCCUUUUCCUGCAGGCUCUGAUCUGGCCCAGAAAUGGCAUCUGAUUAAACAACACACAGCGCCUGUGAGCCCUCAUUCAACUUUCUUUGACACAUUUGAUCCAUCCUUGGUUUCCACAGAAGAUGAAGAAGACAGGCUCAGAGAGAGACGUAGACUUAGUAUUGAAGAAGGGGUUGAUCCCCCUCCCAAUGCCCAAAUACACACUUUUGAAGCUACAGCACAGGUAAAUCCAUUGUAUAAACUGGGACCAAAGUUAGCCCCCGGUAUGACUGAGCUGACCGGGGACAAAACCGUAACACCUCCAGGGAACUGUGACUCCGAAGAGGACACCACAACGCUUUGCCUGCAGUCGCGCCGGCAGAAGCAGCGUCAGGUGUCAGGAGAGAGCCACGGCCAUAUCAGCAGGCAGGGGGCUUGGAAAGUGCAUACUCAGAUCGAUUACAUCCACUGCCUCGUGCCGGACUUGCUCCAGAUCACGGGUAACCCGUGCUACUGGGGCGUCAUGGACCGCUACGAAGCAGAAGCGCUUCUGGAGGGCAAGCCCGAAGGCACUUUUUUGCUCAGGGAUUCUGCGCAGGAGGACUACCUCUUCUCGGUGAGCUUCCGCCGCUACAACCGCUCGCUGCACGCACGCAUUGAGCAGUGGAACCACAACUUCAGCUUCGAUGCCCAUGACCCCUGCGUGUUCCACUCCUCCACCGUCACGGGGCUCCUGGAGCACUACAAAGACCCCAGCUCUUGCAUGUUCUUUGAACCAUUGCUUACUGUAUCUCUGAACAGGACCUUCCCCUUUAGUCUGCAGUAUAUCUGCCGGGCAGUAAUCUGCAGGUGCACUACGUACGAUGGAAUUGAUGACCUUCCUCUACCCUCAAUGUUGCAAGACUUUCUAAAGGAGUAUCACUAUAAACAAAAAGUCAGGGUGCGAUGGCUGGAGCGGGAACCUAUAAAAACAAAGUAAAUGGAAAUCAAAAUAAGCUUCUGGAACAUGCUUUUUUUUUUUUUUUUUUUUGGUAUUACAGUUUAACUGCAGCAAGCGCACCAACGACGUCUAGCUUUUCUGCAAUAUCCUAUUUAAGCUGAGUGUUAGUAUCCUGUCAGAUGCUGCCUGCUGUUAAUCAAACUAAGUUGUGAUGCCUCUUGGAAACAAUAAGCAGACACAAUUCUGCACGUUUUUCAUUAAGGCCUAAUGAAAAUAUUUUUGCUAAUUUCUAAAUAAUUUGUUUCCCUUUUAUAGCUGUAGUAAUUGGAUGAAGAAACUAUGAGGCAUUUCCCAUGGGGCAUUCAUGUAAUGCUGUUAAGAAAGGCUUUGUCAGAGGGGCAUUUUCACUAAUAUUUGAAGUAUUUUCUUAAAAUUCUCUUCUGUAAAACUUUCCUCUACUCAAAGUAAUAAUUUAGCUCACAAACAAGUUUCCAAAUACUAAUGAAUAUUUUCUUGUAAUGAAGAGCAGUUCAUUAGAAGCAGUCCAUUAAGAGUUAAUGGUGCUUUAAUGCUAGCAGAUGAAUCAUGCUUUUCAUAGUGUAUAAGGUUUCCUAAUCAUUAAGACUUGAAUAUGCCUGCUCUGUACUGUAAUUCUGUUACAAACACUUGGAGAUUUAAGUGGCAUUGUUAGCAAAAGUAAUACUGUCUCAGACAGUUAAAAAUACCUUCCAGUGUGAAUUGCUGCUUCUAUGGCAGGAAACAGAAUUAGAUUAUUAGUGUGAAACACACUGUUUUGGGAUUUUUUCCAAAACAGAUUUUGGUGGCCUGACUGCUAGCAAUUUACAAUGGAAGGUAAUAAUGACAAGAAAAAAAUGUUUAAUUAUUUAAAGUCAUUUGAUAUUUUUAUGGAGAACAUGACAAGUGGUAGAAUUAUUAUAAUCAGAGUACAAAAUCUGACAUAUCUGAAACAAAUGUCAGGUUUCAAAGGUACUGGUACACUUUAUUUGUAAAUAUUUUUCCAUCUGCGCUUUUGAAAAUCUUUUAAAGUAAUAUGCACUGAUGAUAGUUUUAACAGAUGACUUAGAAUCAAGAUUCUAACUUCUGUUUGCUUAUUUAAUUGGAGAUGGAACUUAAAUUAGUUCUGUCUUAGAUAUUUUGCACUAAAAUUUUGUUGGAAUGCCCUGACCCCUGUUUAAUGUUUUGUACCAAUUCUGAGUGCUCCCUAGUUUCUUUACCAGCUGCUACAGUAUUUUAUUUCUUACUUCUCUACAGCAGUGACCUGUUCGAGGUAGGAAACAUUUUGGCUGCAAGUACAAUAAACGUUAUUCUUGUAUGCUACACUAACCCUUCUAUUGAUGUAUUUUUCUGCUUGCUGUGCCUUGUUCUGGCUUUUUGUGCUAAUAAAGUACAGUAUGUUCAGUGUUAUACUUGUAUAUCUGCUCUGUUUUUAUAUAUUCACGUAACUUGUAGCAGUUAAAUGAAUUUUUAAAAAAUAGGCUUUUCUUAGUAUUUAGGAUAGGUAAUGCACAAGUACUGUGCAGUUGAGUAUUAGUUGGUCAGCACACCAUAUUCCUGGUUUUUCUUACAGCAACUUGACAGUGUAUGCCAUUGAAUAACAUUUCUGUAGUCACUGCAAGGUAAUGGACUUGUCUGCAGGCGUAGAACAUUUUACAGGUUUUUGUAAUGCAAAGGAAAUAUGUUAAGCAAAAAGUGUUCUAAAACAUUAUUAUCCCCUGUAAUAGCUGCUGAAGGUGUUUCAGCUUGUUGUAUAGACAACUCCUAAGGCUAAUAUUUUGAUACUCCCCACUGAGGAAUGCUUAUUCCUGUAAAUUGACAGUACAGCAGCGGCAUUUGUUCACUUUUAGGCUGUUUUAAUAAAUAGAUGUACACACAAGCUGGCCAAAUGUCCUGUUUUUACCAAAGAAUACUGUCAAUUUAUGUUGGGAUAUUUUUUUAGUUAAAAAAACGAACUCAAGAGUGGAGAGGUGCAAUUUUUGUUCUAUCAAAUAUUUAUCCCAAGCUAUGAUAAACCAAAGUAUUUGACAACUUCAUCUGAACCUAAGUAAUGUAUACAUUUAUGUUGGUAGAGCCUAAAGCUUUUACAUCAAUGGUGUUGUCAUUAUUCCUGAACUCACAAUGCACCUGAAGAGGAAUGAUUUAAAUAAUUUUGUAAUGACUGGAACAGCACUACAUAAAAGCUCAUACUGCAAGGGGUUAAUCUGAAGCACCCAGAAAGCACUUUAAAACAUGUGUUUAUAUGCUUGUGGAAACUUUGUGAUCCCAUUAUGCAUUCUUUGUAGUAGAUUAUCUUCUUUCAUGUAUUAAAGGACUUCAACUGUUAAAAUGGAACUUUGUUUAGAAUAUGUAAAUACUAAGUUUAUGUAAUUAUGUGUACAACUGUGCUAAUGGUCUCUUAAGUUUUGAAUUGUGUGUGUGUCAUUGGAUAUGCAACUCUUGGUUUAAAAUCUGUUCUAAGCAUAAAAAGAGGAAAAAAGUCACCAGCAUGAAAUUGCACCUAAGUGUACCUUCACUGUGUCGUUCUCACUGUUCCCUCAGUCAAAUCUGAAUGCCAGAUGAGUUUACUUAAAUUCUUGCUUUCAAUAUUAGUGUCAUACAGUCAGCCUGCAACCAAGCUUUGUCCCAGUAUAGGGACCUGUUUUUCAUUUACACCUGUUGCAGUUGCUUGUCAUGAACUAGCUGUGACAUUGUCAAUGUGGUCAGGAAUACACAUUAAUCUAAUUUUUAAUCAUGUGGUGGAAUCUUUGGGAAAAAAAAAAUAAAAACCCCAAACCCUUAUCUCAGAAAGUUUGCUCUUGCAUUUGUAUAAAUAACCUUUAUGGAGAGAUUUGCUCCCCUAAAACACACAAAAAAGGAAUGAUAUAUUUCUCUACAACUUUUUUAAAGCUCUGCUUCACUGAAAUAUACAGAAUAAUUUGCUAGUGUGGUUAUGUUAAAAUGAAUUCAGCUUUUAAAUUUUAGUGGACUUGAGUGUUAUCUAUUCCAGUUGCAGUGUAUUUCUUAAUACAUUUUCAGUUCUAAAAGCAUUAAAAUGCUAGUAGAUGGAGAAUGCAAAUAGUUGAUUUCUCAUUUGUGUUUCUCAUUCUGGUUUAAUUUAGAAAAUCUUCAACAUGUCUUAGCUGUGGUUUGUGCACCUCUUUUUUUUUUUUUUUUUUUUUUUUUUUUAAUUUAACAGUAGGAUUCAGUGUAAAAAGGCACACCUGUAUUAUUUCAAUCCAAUUUGGUUACAUGACAGAUGAGUUUUUGAGCCUCAGUCUUGUCAAGUGUUAUUUUGAGGUGAUUCUCAUUUCUGCAGAAAGAACUAUAGAAAGGGCUUACUCCAUAGGAGGGUUUUGGAGGAAUCUUAUAAAGGUAUUUUAUAUCCCUGUGGAAUUGGAGAAAUGAAAAUAUACUGUAUUUUGAGUAUACAGAGGGACUAUGACUUUAGGAUCUUUUACCAGUUUUUUUAUCAUGUCUAUGGUGUUUAUCAGUUUUAAAUGCAUAACUCUUGAAAUUACUUUUAAGGCAAGUAAACACUUGUCCAGAUAAUUUAUUUGUUAGAAUGGAACUUCUGAAGAAAAUAAGUUACAAAUUAAUGUUUUGCAUUUAUGUACUUUUAAAUUAGAAGACUUGCUGCUUACAAAAUGAUUAUCCUUAAAUCAGAAGCAAAGAGUUGUGAAAAGAUGUGUCUGUCUAUCUGUAGUGUUUGACAAUAUGAAGUCAAGCCUUACAGAUGUCACUCAAAUCUUUAAGUCCAUAUUUAACUUUAAGGUUCAGCACUACUUAGCAACAAGCAAAGACUCUGAAUUUCUGUGAUAAAAAGCCUGUUUGCUCCAGUCUCCAUGUGCAAGCCAAAAUAUUUGCAGAAUGCUUUAAAGCUUUUCUCUGCUGCAGAAUUGCAUGUAAGACAGAAGUUGUCAUUGUCAGAAGUUGCUGAGUACCAGAAAGAUCUAUCUGCAGGCAUCAUGGUUAUUUUUUUUUUUUUCAAAGUUAUCUUGGCAGGCACUAUUUAAAGGAAAAAUACGAACUGAAUUGUAGCUGAUUCUUUCUAAAAUAGCAUUUCUCCAUUUAAGACAUUUAAAACUCACAUUUAAAAUUAUGAAAGUGCUUUUUGAGCCUUAUUUUCUGGAAGUUUUGUUGUGAAGUGAGCACGUAUGUGCUAAACCUUAGUCUGCAAGUAUUUAGCACAUAUAUAUUUAUAUGUUUAAAAGAUGCCUCCAAGCAUGUUUACAUUCAUGGUCUUUUUUGAAACUACUAAAGUACACCAAUAUGGUGAGCAUUAAGAUAUUGGAAUUCUAAAUAUUCUCUCUGUGUAUGGCAUGCUUUGCAAUUAAAGGACUAAUUUAUUUGUAUCUUCACUUGCACUUAUAUUUAUGACCAGUAGAUUGGUGUGUUUUUUCCUGCUGUCAUCACACUUACCUAAGCAGUUGUCUAUGGAUUGUGACCAAAGGAGAUGUUUCACCCUGUUUAUUUUUAAGUAGAAAUCAUAUCAGUUGGCUUUUAAAGUAUUAAUUCCUAUGGAGCACGGUGUAACACUGCUAAUUGCUCCCCCUUUUUGCAGUAUUGAUGUACAGAGAAUCAUUUAGCUUGGCCAUGAGUUGUAUCUGCUGAAUGUAGUUGACUUUCAAUGUCUGAAUUUUAUUUUUUUUAAUUGAAAAAUGCUCUUGAUGAAGGCUUUGAAAAGAAAAAGGUUUAAUGUUUCUAUGUCAAGAUACAUAAGGUGAAUAUUUUGCAAUGAGAUAAGGGUCACUUGAAGAUGCUUUAUAGAAGUUUUCCCCUUCACUGUCUUACAUUGAGACUCUUUAAAAAAGAAAAAAUAAAACCCAAACAAUCUCUUGAUGACUUAAACCUUACAAUCAUUUAAAAACUGAAAAGAAAUCUGGUGCUUUUACUUAAUUUGCUUGCGUGUUGCCAGACUGAUUUAAGAAUAGUUGUUUCAAGAAGCAAAUUAAAUCUGUUAUUUCAAUGAAGCAUUGCCAUUUAUGAUUUUAUAAAGUAUUCCAGUUACAAAAAUUGUCUACCACCAGGAUGUUAACCUGAUACUGUAUUUGUUGUUACCAGGGUAACUAUUGUGUGUAUGCUUUUUGAGCUGAGUAAGUGUUCACUUUGUAAAUUUGCAUUAAGGCUACAGCUGUUACCAGCGAGGUUCCCUAGGGCCAACACAACGAAUUUAUGAGCUGAAGCUCCUGGUGCUUGACCCUUUUUGUCUUCAGUAGGAAAAAAAGUGUCUAACUCUGCACCAUACAGCUCGUGUUACAAAUUUCCAUGUUAAGCACACAGCUACGCUGACAAGCAGAAACAUAUCUGAACUUGCUUGUCUGGAGUAAAGCAACCUCUCUGACUUCUCAGCAGGAGCUGUAACUUGGUGGCACGUUGGCAAGGAGGAAGCAGAAAUAAGUUUUGCUCUUCCCUGAGCAGCUGUUGAACUGAACAGGGGGUGUGCUUCCUGUGCGAUAGGGUAUCUGAACUCCUUAGAGCCCUGAGAAUUUUAAUAGCGUUCGGAAGAUACAGAAGCACUCGGCUGCUUUGUCACUUCUUGCUUUCCUACUUGUAGUUUUGCAAAAGCUUGAAGAGAUAUAUUUAUUCAAUUGAAUCUGUGUAGUCACCAACUGUAUAAGCACUGCUUUGUAAUAUCUUUACAGAGAUAUCAAAUUCCUACACAAUUAUAUUUAAACUGUUUUGGGAAAAUGAAUAAUGACACUGUGGGCACAAAUUAAUUCAGAUUGCACUAUAAACUUUCUUACCAGAAGCCUUCAUUCUUACAAAGAACUAUGCGAUCCCUACACGGAAACUGUAGCUUUGGUAGUGCGCUCUUUGGUAGGUGUCCAAAAAAGCGGCAUCCAGACGGUCCCUGGACCUUUUCUGACAUUCCAGUUGAGGGCUGGCAGGCCUGCUGGGCACUCGAGGAGUUGACUGGCAAGCACACCAUGCUGAGUGUCACCCCAUGCCAGCACCUUGUAUAACUGUGCUGGUUUAGGUCUCCCCAAUUUAGAUGGUUUUUAACUCACUACAGCUUAAACGUUUCUCCACCCUGCCUAAUUUGUCUUUGUUACUUGGUUGCCAAACUGUCUUGCAUCUUAAUAGAGUAAGAAAAUAAUGUGAUUUAUGGCUGCCCAACCAGUGUAUUAAGUAAUAGAUGGCUCUGUCUUAAUAAACGGGGUAUAAACUGCCA